AUGAAUACCACUCCAGAACAGAUCCUCGAUAUUGAGGACGCACUACACAAUUACUUGGUCGCAUAUGGCUGGAUGGCCCGCCACAAAAAAGACACCCCCGACCUUGAUGCAAUGGCUCGCGAAAAGUUGUUCUGGCGCAAGUCAAAUACAGACAUAGAAGCCAUUCGCAAGCGCUUAAUUCCGUCGCUUAAUUCAUUCCUGGAUUUGAUCUAUGAUUCUGAGCCGUCACUUUUCUACUGGGUCGGCCGUCUUGAAAUGCAGCUCUGCGACGAGUAUUUCCCCGAUGAAGAUAAUGAGCUCGACGGGAAGGAGCGAUAUGUUGUGAUCUAUGGUACUUCUAUCGACCUAGGUCCGCAUUGUCUUGGUGUUGUCUAUGAUCAACAACUCCAUCGGGCCUCCUUCCCGAUGACUAUAAUGAACUGGGAAAGUAUAGAUCCUAUGGAUGGGUUUGAUGAACUGUAG